GAAUUCUAAAGAAAAAAUUACUGGAAAAAGCCGAAAUAUAAUAAAAAAUUAUAGAUUUACGUUAAAAAUGAUUAAUUUAUAAAAAAAAAUAGAAUUUGUAAAAAAGAAUUAUGCAAAUGAUUAACUUUUUUAAGAUUUGGAAAAUAAAAAUCCUUAAUAAACUAUUAAUAUUUCUUAAAAUAUAGAUUCUAAGAAUUUUUAAAAAGAAAAAAAUUACUAAAAUAAUGAAACUCUAGAAAUAAAUAUCAAUAAAAUUUUUUAAUUAAAACAGAAUCAAAUAGUCCUAAAUAUAUAAACAAAGUAUCAUAAUGCUCAAAGUCUUCUAUUUAAAAUGA